AUACAAAUAGCGAGAAAAUGGGGUUGAGCCAGCUAAAACAAAUAAUGAUAAAAUAAAUAUGGUAAAACAAAGAAAAUACCCAAAAUAAAUAAAUAAAUAAAUAAUGGCAGAUUGCCCCCAUAUAUUACUCCGCUCAUCCCCAGCUAUGCUCUAGCCUAUCGCCAGCCUUGCUUUGAGAAAGCCGAAAGACCCAGCAUAAGCCCAAACCCAGACCCCUGCUUUUCCCUUUUCUUUCCUUCUUUCCUUCUUUCUUAUGUUCUGGGUCUGCAGAAUUCUCCUGCAGGCUGUAUUGGUUUUCACCUUGAAGCAUUGAAGGUGGGGGGUUAAAGGUGACUCUGUGUUGUUGGGUCCCUUCUUCUUCUUUUUGCUUCUUUUGGGUUUUGACAGGAGAUACUGUCUGCCCUGCUCUGUGGAACCGAAGAGUGCUGUUUAAUUUUUUUUAUUUUAUUUUUUUUCGAUUUCGAUUGCAAUGCCUGUGGAUGAGGUUUGUGCUGGAGACUGGAGAGUGAAAAGGGUAGAGAAAAAUUGAUGAUUUGGGGUUCCGUGACUCUUUAAUUUAUCUCUUCUUUCAUUCCCUUCUGUUAUAUAUUCGUACGCCUACGUUUUUAGUCUCUCGAAGAAAAUAUCUGUCAGUUUCAGUCUCCGGAGCAUUUGUAUAAACGGCAUUAGCGCUUUGUUUCUGACAAGAAAUUAGCUCCAAAAAUUGUGCUUUAAGGAAACCUGGGACCUCUGCAUAGUUUAUGCAACUUCUGAAAAAUUUGCACUAUUAUUCUUCUGGGAAUUCCCCCAAUUUUGUCAUUAACCUUGCAAUUGGAUCUGAAAAGCAUUAGGAGGGAAAGAGAGCAGUGGGAGAUUAGGAAAAUUUUCAGGUUUUCUGUAUUUUUGUGGAGUGGAAAAAAGCAGAGGAGAUGUCUGCGAAGCUUGUGUACUCCUUUUCGGAUGAAAACCCAGAUCUACAGAAGCAGUUUGGAUGCAUGAAUGGAUUACUUCAGCUCUUUGACCGCCGCCAGUUCUUCGCCGGCCGGCGCAUCAGCGGCCACAGCCACAAGAAGGUCCCUUCAGGUCAAAGUGGCAAGCAUACAAUGGAACAGGACAAUGCAUCACAGAGUGCUACGGAUAUUAACUCGAAGAAAGUUGUGAAAGAUAAACAAAGAAUGUCCAAUGAAUCAUCCAGAACCUCUUUUUCAUCUUCCUCCUGUUCGUCCGCAUUCUCAUCUGUAGAUUGUAAUAGAACAUGCCAACCAGAACAGCCAUCCCCCAGCCAAACUGUUUCCUCUGAAACUACCUCUCAAGAUUUAAUUGAGAACCAACUAAAUCCGUCUUUGUGCUCAGGCUUGCAAUCCCAUGGACUCCACGAUGUUGUCAAAGACUCCAUCAAUAGAGAAGGCCGUGGGUUAUCAGUGAGAAUCGCAAGUAAAGAGGUAGCAGCAGGACGUCGUGUGAAGCACAUAGAUUCACCAAGGCCUUCAUUGUCUAAUUCUGUCAAGCCAAGAUUUUCUGGCUUCACUGAAUCACUUGGAGGUCUUGCCCAACUUCGAGAGUCACCCAGGAAUUUCAAUGCAGAGAAGGAUGGUCCCCGGAUUUUGAGACCAAAAGACGCGCCACGGUUCUCCUAUGAUGGAAGGGAAUCAAGAGAGACAUUCAAAUCAACCAUAAAACUCAAAGAACUCCCAAGGCUAUCUUUGGAUAGUAAAAGGAAUUGCACGACUGAAUCAAGAUCAAAUUAUCUUUUAGAGGAUCUACGAAGAGGAAUUGGGAACUCCAGCAAAAACAUGAACUUAGAGCAAGAACCAGGAAGUAACAAACGACCAUCCAGUGUAGUUGCAAAGUUAAUGGGUUUGGAAGAUUUCCCUGAUUCCAUGUCAAUCAAUGAGGGCUGUAUAGACCCAGUUAAAACAUGCAUGGAUGAAAAUUCUCAUCCCUUCCCAAGAUCAUCAAAAACAGUUGAGGAAGGCAAGCAAAAUCAAAUUGCUAGGUCACCAAGAAAUUCCUGCAGGGAUCCCACCUCACCGCGCAUGAAAAAUGCUACUUUGAUCACAAAGCCCAGCCCAAGUUCAAAGUUUCCCAUCGAAACAGCUCCAUGGAGGCAUGCAGAUGAGAGUCGAGGCUCUCAAAAGCGAUCAUUCAAGUGUCGGGGAUCUCCCAUGGACUUGAACUCCUCACAUACUGUUUAUGGUGAAAUUGAGAAAAGGUUGGCAGAACUUGAGUUCCGAAAGUCGGGUAAGGAUCUCAGAGCUCUUAAACAGAUACUCGAAGCAAUGCAUAAGACUAAGGAGGUGCUAGAAGCUAAAAAGGAAGAUCAGACUGAUCAUUUUCUGUCUCAAACUGCCAAUAACAGCCCUCACUAUGGCAGUAGUCCAAGAUUAGUAAACAAGCAGAACCCACCAAGUAACCGACAAAUUUCUGCCAGAACCAAGGGAAUGAACCCACCAAAGGGAAUAGUGGUCAUGAAACCAGCCAAGCUUAUGGAUCCGACUCCCCCAUUAGUUCCAGAUGAUGAUUUAUCAGGUCUUGGCAAGCUCUCAGCUGGUGACUCUGCUGUUAGCAGAAAAGAUUCUGUUGGUAAGCAAACAUCUAAAGAUCUAAGUCCACGACACAAUCAUCUUAGAGGUCCUUCCAGUAGACCCCUUCAUUCCAUAGGCAGAGAUAGCAGUGUUAGAACUUCAAGAUCAGCCCAGGGUUCAAAGGAGCCUCCAAAUUUCAUCAGAGAAAAAUCCAUUAGCUCAAAGAGCUCAGGUACCACCAGCCCAAGACUGCAACCGAAACAACUUGGAUUGGAGAAGCACUCUCACCACACAACUCAAUCAUUAGAGCUAAGCAGGGCCAGGAAGCAACCCAGUGGGAAACUGAUGAGAUCAGGCUCACCUUCCAGAGCACACGGACCAAAAACACGCAACUUUCGGCGCAGUGAAGGGGAAUUGAGCGAGAUUAGCAGUGAGACAAGAAACUUCACUCACCAAGGUGAUACAGUUUCUUCGCAAUCAGAAAGUAACAUUAGCUUGGCCUCCCAGAUGGACAUAGAAGUCACAAGCACAGGUCGAUCUGAUGACAUCAACAGCACCUUUCAGCAUGGUGGUGAGAAAUGUGAAAAUCCAGGAGCAAGGUUGAGUAAAGAUGGGAGGAUAGCAGAACUUGCAAUAGUUAUCCCAGAACAGCCAAGCCCCGUUUCUGUCCUUGACCCUAUGUUCUACAGGGAUGACUCGCCAUCCCCUGUGAAGAAGAUACAGAACGCCUUUCAAGACGAUGAGACUCUAAAUUCUGAUGAAACUGAGUGGGAUCAGCUCGAUGUAGAUUGCUUGUCCAACAGCACAAGACCUAGCCUCAGCUCCUCAAUCCAUCACAAGAACUUUGAAUUCAGGGAGCACACAGUUCAGAUGUAUGGGCGACCAAACUCUGCUGAUGAAGAACUGGCCAUAAAUUAUGUUGCAUUCCUAGGCGAGAACACAAAAUCCGACCACAGAUAUGUAUCUGAGAUACUGUUAGCAUCAGGUUUACUUGGCAGAGAUCUUGUUUCUGGCUCAACUGCCAUCCAGCCCCACUCGGCACGCCAUUUGAUCAACCCCAAUUUGUUCCUUGUGCUAGAACAAACCAGUGCAAGCAGUAGACCUUCAAAUUAUGAGAACUACAGCAAAAAGAUUGCCCAGAAAAAAUUAAAUGAUAAAAUACAAAGAAAACUCAUAUUUGAUGCUGUUGAUGAGAUUCUAGCUCGCAAAGUAGCUUUGGCAGGUUCUUGUGAGUCGUCAUUGGUCUCUCCAAAUAAGCUGGUGAAAAGGAGAAGUCUGAGGGGUCAGCAGCUUCUAAAAGAAGUGUGUUUAGAGAUAGAUCAGCUACAAGCUAAAAAGUCGGAGUGUAGCUUAGAUGAUGGUGUGGAGGAUGAUGAAAGUUUGAGAGGCAGCAUAUUUGAAGAUUUAUCAGAUUGGAUAGAUUUCCAUAGUGAGAUGUCAGGGUUAGUGUUAGAUGUUGAGCGGUUGAUCUUUAAGGAUUUGGUUGUUGAGGUUAUAAGUGGUGAAGCAGCAGGUCUGCAAGCUCGACGUGGGGGGACUUGCAGGCAAUUGUUCACCAAUUAACUCUCUCUCUCUCUCUAUCUCUCUCUCUCUGGGUUCUAAUCCUAAUACUUAUUUUAUUUUAUUAGUGCAGAGGCAUAAUAAUUCAUGGGUGAACCCAUAGCUCUUUGAUAGUUUGAUAGCUUGUAAAGAAAAUCUCUGCUGGGAAGUUUAUAAUAUACGUCUUAUGUGCAA